AGUAGUGAUCGAACUGCUGGAGAGUAAACAGCUAAAAAAAUGAGCAAGCGAAAAUACACAUUUGAUGGACAUCCAAUUUACUUGCUAGGGCAACGAGGAUCAGGUUCACGAAGUCGUAAAAAUGUUCAAGAUUUUUAUAAAAUUCAACAAAAAUGUCUAGAAUCGGGAAAGUUAUUUGAAGAUCCUGAAUUUCCAGCUACAAAUGAUAGUCUGUUCCAUUCCUACACAUCAGCUGCACGCUUUGAGUGGCUCCGACCGAAAGAAAUUUGCAAAGAUCCAAAAUUCUUUGUUGAUGGAUAUUCCAGAUUUGAUGUAAGACAAGGCGACCUUGGUGAUUGCUGGCUACUUGCAGCAACAGCAAAUUUAACAUUAAAUCCAAAAGUGUUCUUCCGUGUCGUCUGCGAAGACAACAGUUUUGAUGAGAACUACGCCGGCGUUUUUCAUUUUCGAUUCUGGAGGUAUGGUAAAUGGAUAGACAUUGCUAUUGACGAUCGUUUGCCGACUCAUAGUGGUAAAUUAAUAAAUAUGCACUCAACGGAAAAGAAUGAGUUUUGGUCAGCACUUCUUGAGAAAGCAUAUGCAAAGUUAUAUGGAAGUUAUGAAGCUCUUAAAGGUGGCAAUGCGUCAGAAGCAUUUGAAGAUUUUACGGGUGGAAUUUCAGAGUUGUACACAUUGAAAGAAGCACCAUCAAACCUGUUUAAUAUUUUAGAAAAAGCAUAUAGCAGAAGUUCAAUGAUGUCGUGCUCAAUAGAACCAGAUCAUAAUAUUAUUGAGGCAGAGACACCUGAAGGAUUAGUAAAAGGCCAUGCGUACUCAAUUACAAAAGUUAAAAUGAUUGAUAUCAAUCUGCCACAUAAGAAAGGCAAGAUUCAGCUACUGCGACUAAGAAAUCCAUGGGGAGACGAAUUUGAAUGGAAUGGGGCAUGGAGCGAUAAGUCGCGCGAAUGGCAAUUCAUACCAGAUUAUGAGAAGGAAGAAAUUGGAUUGACAUUCGACAGAGAUGGAGAGUUUUGGAUAUCAUAUAAAGACUUUCUUAAGUAUUUUGAUAAACUAGAUAUGUGCAAUUUGUCACCAGAUUCUCUUGUGGAUGAGACUGAAAAGUCAACAUGUAUGAAAUGGAAUUUAAAUGUCUAUGAAGGUGAAUGGAUUAAAGGCAUAUCAGCUGGUGGAUGUAGGAACAAUAUUGAUACCUUUCAUCGAAAUCCACAAUACACAAUGAAACUUGAACAUCCAGAUGAAGAUGAUGCAGACGGUAAUUGUUCAGUUGUCAUUGCUUUAAUGCAGAAACAUCGAAGAAGUCGUAAAAUCAUCGGAUCUAACUUUCUUACAAUUGGAUUCGCAAUUUAUCGUAUUCAAGGACAAGAGCUUGAAGAGAAACCGCUCAAAAAUCACUUUUUCAAAACAACUGCAUCAAUCUCAAGGUCAACAUUCUUAAAUAUGCGCGGCGUUAGUGGUCGAUUUAAAUUUAAGCCUGGAAAUUACUUAAUCGUCCCAUCAACAUUUGAACCAGACAAGGAAGGAGAAUUUCUCAUUCGCAUAUAUUCUGAAAAUAAGUAUGCAUUUGAGGAACAUGAUGAAACAUGUGGAAUUGGUGAAGUUGAUGCUAGGAUCUCCGGCAAGUUCGAUAACUUUCAAGCUCCAUCUCCCGAGACACUUACUAUUGAGAAAUUAUUCAUGGAAUUGGCUGGUGAAAAUGAGGAAAUUGGUUGGAAAGAAUUGAAGCAAAUUCUUGAUCAUUGCAUACCAAAAGAAAUUCAGAACAAAACCACUAAUGGUGUUCAAACCAAUGGAUUUCAAAAUGGAAAUCAUUCAGAGUACGAGAAUCAAGGAUUUUCCAAAGACAUUUGUCGAUCAAUAGUUGCAAUGCUAGAUCUUGAUCGUUCCGGACAGCUUGGAUUGGAAGAAUUCAGAGUGUUCUUACUAGAAUAUGCAAAAUGGAGGGCUGUGUUUACUUUAUAUGACAAAGACAAUAACCAUAAACUAGAUGCAUUUGAGUUGCGCGAUGCAUUAGGAUCAGCUGGAUAUCGCCUAAAUCAUCAUAUAAUUAACACAUUAAUUUAUCGCUAUGGAUCUGGAAGCCAAGGAAUUCCAUUUGAAGAUUUCAUCAUGUGUGCAGUCAAAGUUAAGACAAUGCUUGAUCAUUUCAAAGAAAAAGAUCAUGGAAAUAAGAAUGAAGUCAUGUUCUCAGUGAAUGAGUGGAUUAUGAGAGCACUUUACUCGUAGAUUUAAAGACUAGCUUAUGAUAUUAAAUAUCGUUUAUUUGUUAAUAUCCAGCUAUCUGGAUGUUAAUGUUAAUAUUGAUUGAAAUGUCUUCAAAUUUAUUAUUUGCACUAGGUGCUACCUUUGACACUUUACUGUACAAAAGAAUUAAAGUUAAGCAUUUAAAUAUUUUCUUAAGAAAAUUAUCACUCAUGUGUUUAUUUGGAUAGUCUACAAAUAUUAAAUUUAUGUACUUAAGCGACCUCUUGGAAUCAAAUAUUGAUCUGAAUUGUUCUCAAAACUGACUGAUUGCUCACUUAUUUCACUUUGGUCUACAACAAGAUCUUUAUUGCAACCACAUGAUCCAGUACGUCUAAAAUUAUGUCUAUGAUGUGGUCUUCUAGUUGUUGACCUAGCACAGUCAUGAUUUGCAGUCUCGGAAUUUUUGACGACAACAUAUCUUGGCUUGCUUGAUGGCUGAUAGACAGCAUAUCCAAUUUGAUCGUAUUUCAAUUGAGCUGGACUAAAGCUUUGAUGUACUUUUGGCUUCUUGACUUCUUCUUCCUCACUCGACUCAGAUUCUGAUGAUACAACAUGUUGUCGUUGGAACUUGUUUGACUUAAUCUCUAAAAUUUCACCUCGAGUGUCAAAAAUUGAUUCUUCCUUAAUACUUUUAAAGACUUUUUGUUCUUCUCUUUCUGGAAUUGUUGGUUCCUUUAAUGAUCCAUAUUGGAGUUGCUUUUCUGAUACGCUGUUUUUAGCUUUGUUUGCCAACUGUCUAGCGAUUGCAACACUUACAACAUCAGCUUGUCCAUAGCUUGGCCUAACAUGUUGA